ACCGGUCUCCUGGUGCAUUGUGGGAUUGUGGAGGAGUGACAGUGCGUUACACCGGACGCUGUCUUUGCCAGUCUGUUGUUACGAUUAUAUUUAAUUACAAAAAAAUGCCAGAAUUAGCUGUGGAAAAAGUUGUUGUCCACCCAUUGGUGCUGCUUAGUGUGGUGGAUCACUUUAACAGGAUUGGAAAGGUUGGCAACCAGAAGCGAGUUGUGGGGGUACUGCUGGGCUCUUGGCAGAAGAAGAUCCUUGAUGUUUCCAAUAGUUUUGCGGUGCCGUUUGACGAGGAUGACAAAGAUGAUUCUGUGUGGUUCUUGGACCAUGAUUACUUGGAGAAUAUGUAUGGCAUGUUCAAGAAAGUCAAUGCAAGAGAAAGGAUAGUUGGCUGGUAUCAUACUGGCCCCAAGCUGCACAAGAAUGACAUCGCCAUCAAUGAACUCAUGAAACAAUACUGCUCCAAUUCUGUUUUAGUCAUUAUUGACGUGAAGCCAAAGGACCUCGGCUUACCCACCGAAUCCUACAUCUGUGUGGAGGAAGUACAUGAUGAUGGGACUCCAACCUCUAAGACGUUUGAACAUGUGACCAGUGAGAUCGGUGCUGAGGAAGCUGAGGAAGUGGGGGUGGAACAUCUGCUCAGAGACAUCAAGGACACAACUGUAGGUACCCUUUCCCAGCGCAUCACAAACCAGGUUCAUGGGCUGAAGGGGCUCAACUCUAAGCUACUAGAUAUCAAGAGUUACCUGGAGAAGGUGGCCACUGGCAAGCUACCCAUCAACCACCAAAUAAUUUAUCAGCUGCAAGAUGUGUUCAAUCUUCUGCCUGAUGUCAACCUGCAGGAGUUUGUCAAGGCCUUCUACCUUAAGACCAAUGACCAGAUGCUGGUAGUUUACCUGGCGUCACUCAUUCGCUCCGUUGUGGCCUUGCACAAUCUCAUCAACAACAAAAUAGCCAACCGUGAUGCAGAGAAAAAAGAGGGCCAGGAAAAGGAAGACGGCAAGAAAGAGAAGAAAGAGGAAAAGAAGGAGGACAAAGAAAAAGAAAAGGGGGAUGCUUCAGCCAAGAAAGAUGAAAAGAAGGAGAAGAAAUGAACUACAAAUGCUGCAAGUGAUUGACAUGAUUGCAUUGGUGACCGAUGGAGUUUUUUUUAGUUAUCCAAAAAAGACUCUUAUGUGUGAUAAUGUAUAUAGGUAUGGUCAGCUUGAGUGACCCUGCAUGAAGAGGAAUCCUUAUGUUUUGGGUCAAAAAGAGGGAUGAGAAUAAAGUUGUUUUGUGCUAUGUUUUUUCCCUCCACUUUUUAAAAUAAAUACUGGCCCUUUUACCGUUAAAAAAUGGUUAGAGAUUUGGGGAUGGAUCUUGCAAUGAGGUGGGAUAACACCGUAAGCUGGCUGACUUUUGUAAAUGGUAUCAGUUUAUUUCUCUCAUUUCAACAUUCAGUUGUCUAAUCACAGUGCGUUUACUGAUAAAUUAGAAAAUGUUCGGAAGGGGGCACCCAUUCAUUUACACAUGGUGACCGGUUUACGUCUUAUUCAUGGAAUGUGGCAGGAAAUCGAAGUGACCCAGAAGCAGUGUUUUUGCUAGCUACUUGUGCACCCAGGUGCAUAUGAAAAGAGGUCUGUGCUUACAUAAUGUGUAUGAACGUGCCACAAUUCACAAGGUAACACCUACAAAGGUCUUGCAGACCACUUCAAUAUAAAUAUUUAAUACGACCCAGGUUUUGUUUUUUCUGCAUUUAAUAUUCAAUACACAAACAAGAGCAGCGUGUUGGUUGCUUUCAGCCAGGAAUAUACGUAGCGUCAUACAUUUUAUAUAAUUUCUAUACAAGGUCUGACUACCAUGUCGCCAUCCAAUAGAGAACUGUCAACAAAUAUUUUUUUUUUCAAUAAAAUAUGUAAAAAU